UGUUUUUUGUGUAUAAAAACAAGUAUGUCUACUCCUACUAAAAACUUGAAAGUAGACAUUGGUCGUAACGACAUUGCCGAUCAUUCAAGCACAGAUCAACGAUCUGUUGUUACAACUAAUGCCGACAUCAAACACAACUCAGCUGUAAAUACCCCGCAGUGUCAACAUGACUUAAAUGUGUCUAUUGAUCUCGACUCAACUGCGACAACAACUGCGCACGGAGGCAGUUUAAAUAUUACCAGUACCACUAGCAUCAGUUUUUCUGACAUUUUACACCAAGAAUCUGCCACUUUACCACCACAUGGCAACCGUUAUUCAGAAAUACCCGGCCAAACUCAAAUUACUGAUGAAGUCAUUAAUACCCCAAAUGUACCACACGUUCCAUGCGAGUCUGAAGCUUUCAAUCAACCACAGGUUCCAAUUUUUCAAGUCAACCCCGAGCCCGAAUCAACCAUCCAACCUGAACCUGCAGGAUCAGCUCAACCAAGCCGUAUUCAACCUUUAGAUUCGCCUCCUCAAGUAAUUAAAGUGGAACCUGAAUCACCGAUUCAAAACGAACAUCGAACACGCAUGGAACCAGUAACAUGCAGUCAAACAUUUUAUUCGCCUGUACAUGAAACCAAUACUGGGCUUCGAUCCCCUAUCAAGGAUGAUUAUACCAAAUUUGGAUACCCCACUUUGGAUCAUAAUGUUCGUUCUUCAACUACCGGAAAAGAACACACACUCUAUAAUCCACUGGGAAAUCCAGAACAUAGCCAAAAGGAGCUUCCAUCACAUAAUCAACUGGGACAUAUACCUCUUGAGCUCCCAUCAUUUUCUCAAUUGGCUUCAUCCACCUUUAUGUCUGCACAAGUAGAGCUUCCACCGCUUGGUCUUCUUCCUCGCUCACCCCUCAUUAAACCUAAAUCUGGACUAUUCACUCAUCCUCAACCUGAUUUGGUUUCUCGCUCUCAGGCCGCUUUGAUUCCUAACUUUGGGAUUCCAUUCACUUCUCAAUUAGAAUUCAAUGCAUCUUCUCACAAUGAACUACCUGUUCGAGAGGCAUCAGAACUUGUGGCAUAUACUAAACCUUCUCGAAUUCAUGGACCUCAAGCUCUUGGCCAGGUUAAUCUUAAGCCAGCUCAUCGCGGUUCUCCACAACCGGUAUCACACAGUGGUCAUGAACCACCUACUGAGCCAGGUCCAGCCGCUCAUUCUGAGCCUAGACCAUCCGCUCAUCAUACUACUGAUGUAGAAGUUGACUCCAUGCCCGGUUUAUUUUCAUCUGGGAAUCUAAACGUCUUUGGCACUGCUGCUCCAACUCCAAGCAGAAAUCCUUUUGAGUUUCCCGCACCUGCCAGGUCGAGAAAAAAGAAGGUUCCAUCUGGCCGUGCUGCAUCUCUUACGGGCAUGGCUUCUAGUAUCCAAGGAAACAAUCCUCUUACUGAGCCUGUUAAACAGAUCGCUGAAGCGCCUCUCGAUCUGACUGAUGGGGUAUCUGCCAAAUUGCCUUCCAAAAAGUAUGUUGAUAUUGGUGCCGAUAAGAUCAAUGUCGAGUCUCCUGCUGAUGAUAUUGAUGCUAAGUCUGCUGCUGAAAAGGUUACCGGUCAUCCUACUGCCAAAAGCCUUGCCAUCAAACAGGUCACUGGAAUUCCUGCUGAAAAACCUAUGUACAACCCGGGCCAAUCACCUGCUGUAGCACCCACUGUAGCGCCCACUGUAGCGCCCACUGUAGCACCCACUGAAGUACCCACUGAAGUACCCACUGAAGCACCUAUUGCCGAAGUAUCAACUGACGUAUCCACCGAGGUACCUGUGGAAGUGACUGUGAGAAAGAAGGACCCGAGGGGUAGAAAACCCAAGCCAAAAACCAAUCCUGAAGGCAUAACAAAGCCUUCCAAAUCAGCUCCAAAAAAGAAGGCAAUCAAGGCCACUGAAUCUGGUGAGUCGUCCAAUACUCCCACGAUCAAGAAGUCAAAACGUCAAGCGGAUAAGCAAGCGUUCCUUAAGGCCGCCGCAGAAGAGGAAGAGAGACGGGCAGCUGCUAUGUCCAUUCGACUGGUAGAAGAACGCAUUGCCAUGGAAGUGGAGCAUGCUAGACAGCUUGAACUUGCUCAAAAAGUCCAAGCCGAGGCCAUUGAGCAAGCGGGCCAUGUUGAAGAAACCAGGCUCCGUCAACCAGACGAACCAUCCCCACAAGUUGAAUUGCUUCAACAGGACGAGCCUUUCCAACAGGCGGAAUCUACACAACAAAUUCCACGUGAUGUUGGUAUCACUAGCCAACCAGAAAUCAUUCAUAUUACGGACACUGAGGUCGAAGUCUUGCCAAAGAAGCCAGUAAAGAAGAAACUAGUAAAGAAGUCAAAGAAAAAUCCUACCAAGGCCCGUACCAUUGGCCAAGAACCACUCUCGGAGCCUGUUACUAUGGAAGAAACUGUGUUGGAACCCACCCAAACAGGCAGCCAUUCCAAAAAGCAAGCUUUCGGCAAAGACGUUUCUGUUGGUCAUUCUCGACGUGAUGCUAACGAUGAGUAUGUACCCCAUAAGGAUGGUCAGCCCACCUUUAAGACUUUGACUAGUGGCAGGAAGAAAAGAGCCGCUGCAACCCCUGUUUCAUAUAAGGAUUAUGAUUUGGAUGAUAUUGAGGAGGAGACACCAAGGAAGAAACGUGAGAAGAAAUUGAAUCCGAAGGCUAAAGAAGGAUUGUCAAGCUCUUCAAAACCGGCAAAGACUAUUGUUGCAAGACCCAAACGAUCUUCUGGUAAAACCAAAGAAGUAGAGGAAAACGGUCCGAUGAAUGCAAUUUACAUUGACACGGACGAUGAAGUUAAAGAGACGGAGAUUGCGCAAAUCGAAACUUCCAAGCCUAUCCAAACUCAAAAAUCAUCCGAUGUUGAAGAUCAUAAGCUUAUGCGAUUGUUGCAAAGCAAGGAUAGCAAACUGGUCCAAGCAAACUUUAGGCAAUUGAUCCCGGAAUGGCUGGCUGCUUUUUCAGAAAAGGAUAAGCAAGAGCUUGCCUUGCUCCUUCCCGAGGCUGAUCAAGUCAUUAAAAACAAGAACGUUACGAUUAGGUCUGACUUUGGACAAGUGUCUACCAAUCAUUGCUAUGAAGCUGCAGAAAAGUGGCAGGAUAUUUUAUUCUUGGGUGGUUUCGAUCCUGAAAAUAAGUCUGCAGCUGUCAAUGUUGAGGAUGACAGCUUCAAAGACGAUAAUUAUGAACAGCAUUGGGGCGAUCGUAUCGCAAAAUUUAAUAAGGAAAAAAGAAAGCGUGAAGAAGCCGAAGUUGGCCACUCAAAGGUAAAGAAAGCAAAAGGAAAGGGCAAGGCCUCAAAUACUCGUCGUGGUCGCCCACCUAAGUAAACCCACCCACCCACCUACUCACGUUAACUCUUUCGAGUUACUGAUAAAAAUAAAAAAAUCAUUAUUACUUCAAA